AUGGAAGUAAAUCACACCGCCUUAUGUUUUGAAAGUAAUAGAUUAAGCUACUGUGGGCAGGAGUGCCAGCGGAUACCUCCAGCACUACAGAAAAUGUACGGUGCUAAAGUUAAAUGUCUAGACUUAAGUUAUAACAGUAUCGAAACGUUAAAAGGAUUGGAACAGUUCACAAAAUUAGAAGAACUUAUACUGGAUAACAACAAGCUAACUGAUGCCAUUACAUUUCCACGUCUGGCCAAUUUGAAGACACUUUCUCUGAACAACAAUCAGAUAAGUGAUUUGGAUGCUCUGAUGGAAAAAAUCAGCCAAAAUUUCCCUUCUCUGACCUAUUUGAGCUUGCUGAGCAACAAGGCCUGCCCUAACCAACUAUCGGAUAUCGAUAAAGAUGACUCCGAUUACCAGCGAUACAGAUAUUUUGUAAUAUAUAUUCUACCAAAGUUGAUUUUCCUGGACUCUCGUCGUGUGUCAGCCGAGGAGCGGCGCGAGGCGGCUGUACGCGGCGAGUUCAUGCGCGUACGUCGCCCGCCCUCUGACGUCACGGACGCAUCGUCCCCACGCACUUUACAGGCGAAGGGACCGUCAGCGCGACCACUGCCUGUGGAUUUCGGCGCGUUGGGCAAACAUAAAGGUUGA